AUGGAUUGGAGUUGCUCUGCAGUUUUGGACGAGAUGGAACGAAUUUUGAGCGAGGAAGCGUUGGACGAUGCCGCCUCAGACCCGGUGGUUGGCGUGUCCGAGACUGCAUCUUCGAGGUACGAGAUGUUGGGUGUUCGCGGAUUCCAUUCUUAUGCUCGCAGACUGGGCCCGUCGACGAGGUUUUCGUUGCGCAAGAAGACGCAGACCAAGAUUGAAGGCCAAAAGAGCGAGAACGCGCCGGUCAGGACCAGAUUCGCACCGUCUCCAACUGGCUUCCUCCAUCUGGGAUCGCUCAGAACGGCACUGUACAACUAUCUUUAUGCCAGGGCAACCAAUGGCCAAUUUCUUAUCAGACUGGAGGACACAGAUCAGAACCGACUAGUCCAAGGAGCAGAGGAAAACCUUUAUCAGACCCUGGACUGGUUAGGACUGAAAGUUGACGAAGGACCUCAGGUUGGAGGACCCUACUCACCUUACAGACAGAGUGACCGCAAAGAGAUUUAUUCGGAGCACAUCAAGAUUCUUUUGGACAAAGGACUCGCGUAUCGGUGUUUCUGCUCCAAAUCACGACUCGAUGGGCUGCGAGACUCUGCGAGACUCUUGAAACCACCAACUACCGUCUCGUACGACAGAAACUGCCUGAAGCAUUACACGAAGGAGGAAUCUGAUGCCAAGGCCGCUAAUAAUGAACAAUUUACUGUGAGAUUCGUUUCUCCAGAGAAAUACCCAGAGUUUACCGAUCUGCUCCAUGGCACUAUAAACUGGCAGCCACAGGUGAACCAGUUUGACCGACGGUACGAAGACCCUGUUCUGAUGAAGAGCGAUGGACUUCCAACGUACCAUUUCGCAAACGUGGUGGACGACCGCUUGAUGAAGAUCACACAUGUGAUCCGAGGUGAAGAAUGGCUGGCCUCUACACCAAAACAUAUUGCAUUAUACGAGGCCUUUGGAUGGCCCGCUCCCAAAUUUGUCCAUAUACCGCUGUUGACCACCGUGGAGAACAAGAAACUCUCCAAACGGUCGGGAGAUAUCGAUAUUAUGUCGCUCAAAAAGCAGGGCUAUCUUUCAGAGGCCCUGAUAAACUUCUCUGUGCUUUUUGGCUGGUCUCCAAAAAGAGACAAGGGCAAGAAGUCUAACGAAAAGUACGAUUUGAAGACUCUCGAGGAAACUUUCAGUCUCGACGGACUGACUGUGGGAAACGCCAAGGUUGACUUCAGAAAGCUUUCGUACUUCAACAAGCUGUAUCUACAGGAAAAACUUGAAGAUCCAGCCUAUCGGGAGAAAGUCGCACUGGAAGCUCACGAGAAGCUAGCAGAUAGAUAUGCCGUUUCUCUCGCGUACGUUAGCAAGGUGAUAGACAAGGCCGGUGGGUCUUUGGUCACGCUUGACAUGCUUUACUCCGACCAGUUUGAAUUCUACUUUGCGGCUCCCGAAUACACAAAAGACGGGUUGGCCAAAGUUCUAGCCCCAGAGCACAACGAGCUGGUGACCUUGCUUGCUCAGGAAUCGGACUUUACGAACCUGGACGAGGUGGUUGCUCGAGUGUUGGCGAAGCUGCCCGAACUGAAGAAGAAAGUCGUCUAUCAAACCAUUCGGUACGCAAUCAGUGCAGACAAGCCAGGAACCAAUCUUCCCGUCAUGAUCGAUAUUCUGGGAAACGACGAGGUUGUUUCGAGAAUAAAGGCGCUAGAUCAGACGGACUCCACUUGGUCUUUGGUCAAUGGAAUGUCUUGGAUGGAGAUAUUUGGAGGAGCGGGCAAUGCAAGUUUCGGGGCCAUCGACAUCUUUAGCUGUUCCAAUUGCAACGCUGCCGACGCGCUCGGCUCAACGGAUAUCCCAAUCACUAGCUGCCAGAACAAAAAUAAGCGGCUGAACCAGACGCCGGCCAAUGUUCCAGAGAAGAAACAGAAGACUGAACAAAACACGGUAAAGACUCGAGAUCAGUCACAGCCAGAGCCCAUUGUGAUCGAUUCGGACGACGAUGUGGUGAUACCGCAUAAGAAACAGCAAAAGAUCGAUUUCGGCGAAAGUGACAACGAGUUUGAGCCCGUCAAAAAGGAGAUCACUCCUUCUCCGAAGAAAAGCCCUAAAAAGACACCUACGCCCAGAAAACCGAAGACCACCAAAGCAGAGUCGGCUGGAAAUCACGAGGGAGAUACUGCACAAGAUAUUCUGAAGACAAUUCCAGAUGCUGACCCAAAGUACCUGACGGUGGACCCAGAGACAGAAAACAUGAGCUUCUUCCAGCUGAAAGCGCGUACGGCUGAUGCGCCGGCCCCAAGUGGAGACAGAUUGCUUCCCGAAGGCCGUCCAAACUGUUUGAAUGGUCUCACGGUAGUCUUCACGGGAAUCUUGCCAACAAUCGACAGAGACGAGUGUGUUCGUAUAGCCUCCAAGUAUGGAGCAAAAGUGACCAAGUCUAUCAGUGGAAAGACCAGCCUGGUUGUCAUUGGACAUGAUGCUGGACCUAAAAAAGUGAAGGUAAUCAAGGAGAAGAAGAUCAAGUGCAUUGAUGAGGAUGGGUUUGUCGAGUUGCUUCGAAAGAUGCCGUCUGACGGUGGAAGCGGAGAAGCUGCACAGGCAGCAAUGGCAAAGAAACUUGAGGAGGAAAAGAAGGCCAUUGAGGACGCCGAGAGGGAGGAGGAGCAGGAACGCAAGAGACAACAGAAGCUGAAGCAGGAACGGUCAAGUCAACCAAGCCAGCCCCAGAGACCUAGCGACAAGCCGGACAGCGAGAAACUGUGGACUGUCAAGUAUGCUCCGACCGAUAUCAAGCAGAUCUGCGGUAACAAGGGAAAUUUGGAGACGCUGCAGAGCUGGCUAGAAAAUUGGUUUGAUAAUGCCAAGAGGGGAUUCACAGGAUCAGGCAUCAACGGAUUCCGUGCGGUCUUGAUCAGCGGUCCUCCCGGUAUUGGAAAAACCACUGCAGCCACACUUGUUGCCAAAUCGCUCGGAUACGAUGUGAUCGAGAAGAACGCGUCGGAUGUGCGAUCUAAAAAGCUUUUGAACGAGCAACUGAAAAGUUCGUUGAGCAAUUCUUCCGUUGUUGGUUAUUUCAACCAGCUUAAGACCCAUGACGCAAACAACCGCAAAAUUGUCAUGAUUAUGGACGAGGUGGACGGUAUGUCUAGUGGAGACCACGGUGGUGGUGCUCAGCUUUCCCAGUUCUGUCGUGUCACCGAGACUCCGCUGAUUUUAAUUUGCAACGAUAAAUCUCUUCCGAAGAUGCGGACAUUCGACAAGACGUGUUUCGACAUGACCUGGAGAAAACCUACAAGUAAAGAGAUGAAAUCCAGACUUAUGACCAUUGCUCAUAGAGAGGGAUUGAAGCUCGAUCCAAACAUCGUGGAUCAACUGGUGUCUGCCACCAAUAACGAUAUCAGACAGAUCAUUAACAUUAUGUCGACGGUUGCAAGAACGCAGAAAUCUUUGAGCUACGACAAUUCUGAGGAGAUCACCAAGUCGUGGCAAAAGGAAGUCGUGUUGAAGCCUUUUGACAUUGUGCUCAAGCUUUUGAGUGGGGCCAGUUACGGUCCUAACGCAAGAUACAAUCUUAAUGAGAAGAUCAACUUCUAUUUCAACGAUAUGGACUUUACACCUUUGAUGAUUCACGAGAACUACAGAUCGACUGCCCCUGCCAAGUUGAACAGAUACUCAGGCAACCAGCGGAACCUGGCCCAUUUGGAGCUACUCGAAGAGGCAUCGGACGCUAUUUCGCAGUCCGAUUUGGUGAGUCAACUGAUUAGAGGAAGCGAGCAGCAAUGGUCGCUUGCUCCGUUCCAUGGUGUGAUUUCGUCUAUCAUUCCGGGCUCGAAAGUGGCCGGCAACAUGGUUGGUCGUACAGCAUUCACGUCGUGGUUGGGACAGAACUCCAAGAAAAUGAAAUACGACAGACUUCUCCAGGAGUUGCAGUACCACUCGUCCAUUAAGACUAAGACUAACAACCAGGAGUUGAGACUCAACUACCUGCCAUUGAUGAUAAAGAGACUCUCAGAUCCUCUGAUCAAGCGAGGCUCCGAGGGUAUCGACGAGAUUCUAUCCUUCAUGGACGAGUACUAUCUGACCAAAGAAGACUGGGACGCGUUGAUGGAGUUCGGCGUGGGUCCAAAGGGACGCAUGGAGCAAAGACUCAAAUCUAUUCCUACGGCAGUGAAGUCUGGAUUCACACGGAAAUACAACUCGUACACGCAUCCAACAGUGAUUUACAAGACAGGAGAUUCUGUGACCAAAAACACGAGAACGGCUGCUCCCAAACCCGAUCUCGACGACGUUGUGGACGACGACAUGAAGGACUCGCCGGAUGACGAGGAUGCCCAGGACGACGACCAGGACAUCAAGAAGGACAAGCUGAUCAAGGAGGUGAAGCGGAAGCCGACAAAGAAGCGCAAGUGA